UGUUUGUGUUAGACAGAGAACACUGAGUACACAGUCACAUGAGUGACACAGAAACUUAUUCAUGUAGGAAGUGAAGAUCUCUGGUCUUUUCAGCAUUUCCUCAUCAUUUUUUUGUAUGCUACUUUAACAUGCCAAGAACAUCAUUUUAACUUUCUGAUCUGAAGACGGACACGACAUAACUGCAUGACGUAUAUGUUGGUUCCUAUUAUUUCCUAGAAACUUGCUUGUUAUGAGGCUGUGCUGUAUUUUCAGUGUGGAUUUCCUUCUCUUAGUCACCUGACAACCCCAGCCCAGCUUGUGACUGCACGGCACUGCCACAGACUGAGAAAAUGAAUGGACAGAGACAAGUCCUUUCCCUGGCUCUGCUGAUGGGGAUUCUGAUUUUACAGAUUCAGAAUAGUUGCGCAAAGUCCUUUUUUCACCAUGAUAAAGUGCAGGUGAGAGGAAUGCAAGUCACCACUGAGGAAGGUGCUUGUCUAGGUUGUGUGCUUACAGUGUCUCUUGUGGAACAGCUUUCUCAGAUUCAUAACAGUUCAGGAAAAAUGGCCAUGGAGUUACUCUGUAGCUACCUUCCAGAGAAAGAUGGUUUAAGAGGAAUCUGCACACUAAUUGCCGACAUUUUUGGACCUGAUAUAAUCAGACUGCUAAAUUUUAAACUGAACGCUGAUGUCAUUUGCCAUACUAUGAAAUUAUGUAAAUUUGACUCACACCAGACAGUUUGUCACCUGUACAAGGAACCAGAGAUGGGAUUAAAGAAAUCAGUCAAGCAAGCUGAAAUACUGUUAAAGAAACCUGACUAUGCAUUAAAGAAACACAUGGAAAUUGUUUCCGGCAUUCUGUUGAAGAUUUGCUCGCUUCCCGUGUUUAAAAAGAUCUGUGAGGCAAUAGACUUGUCAGAGCCAGCAGAAGAUCUUGAUCACGAUAACUUCAGUAUCUUUCCAUCUUUACGAGGAUAUCACUGGAGGGGUAAAGAUUGCAAUGACAUAGACAAAUCUGUUUAUCCCGGCAGAAGACCUGAAGACUGGGAUGUUCUGCAUGAUUCAAAUUGCAACGGCAUUUCGGGUUUUGAUCCAAAAGAUGGAGUCUCAUAUGAGAAAAAAUUCUGUGAAGGUACAGAUGCAAUGGGUAUUGUAGUGUUAGGAGACUCGGCAUCAGCCCACUUCCACAUCCCUCCCGAGUGGGUCACACCUGCUCAGUUUUCAAAGGAUACUUUUUCGAACAUGGCGCUUACUAUCUCUAAUGAAUUUGACUGGCCUCAGUUCUCCAUGGGCACUGGAUUUGAGAAUUCCACAAUUGGAGGACCGACACAAUCAUUAUAUCUGAAGUUAAGAAACCGAAACCGGUGUAACCACAGGGAUUACCAGAACAUAUCCAGAAAUGGUGGUUCAGCAGGCAAUUUAAAGAAUUAUUUAAAAAGUUUGGCACGGAAUCAAGAAAUUGACAAACCUGUGGUUGUUUUUUAUGGAUUGAUUGGCAAUGACGUCUGCAAUAAUAAAGCAGAUACACUUAAAGAAAUGACAACACCUGCAGAGAUGAAAGCUGAUGUCAUGGAGGAUCUUCAAUACCUAGAUAAACAUUUACCAAAUGGAAGCCAUGUAAUUUUAAUGUCACUAGCUGACGGACGAUUCCUCUGGGAUUCCUUACAUGACAGAUAUCAUCCUAUCGGACAGUUAAACAAGGAUGUCACAUAUGAACAAUUCUAUGAUUUCCUGAGCUGUCUUUCGAUCAACCCUUGUGUAGGUUGGAUGAACAAAAAUGGAACAAUCCGAAAUCUAACCACAGAGAGAGCAGAUGAGCUUUCCAAAGUCCUUCAAGACAUUGCAACUUCUGAGACUUUUACACAUUUUAAGCUUAAUUACUAUGAGCAUUUAUAUCAGAAAGUGAUUGCAAAAUGGGAAAGUCUUGGAGGAAAGCCAUGGGAUCUGCUGGAGCCAGUGGAUGGAUUUCACCCUAAUCAGAAUGCCUCUGCUAUUGGAGCAGAUCUGCUUUGGGAAGAAGCAAUACGAAGGUGGCCUGGACUUUUUGGAAAAGAGAAUCCCUUUAAUAAAGAAAUAAUAGCAAAAUUUGGAGACCAAGGUGGACACUGGUGAAGAUUUGGCAUAUGCAAUAAUCUAUACUUUUAAAAACUCAAAUGAUUGACUAAUGUUUGCUAAAAGUUUGUUCCACUCUUUGAGUAGGUGGUGGGUAAGUGAAAGAAUAUUUGGGCUAUCACCCCAAUUUCCCAGAUCCACCUAUGGGAGGAAUGGUAGAUGUAAGGGAGCUAGGUCCUUUUCUUUAGACCCAGAUUUUUGCAAAGAGCUGAUUUGCCAGUCAACUAGUCUAGUAAGUUUUUUUUUUUAAGGAGUACGAAGUAUUUUAAGUUUUACUAUGAGAUUACUAAUUUGAUGUGUGGCACACUGAUAGCUUUAAACAGCAUUUAUUUUAUUUACAUGGGCUGGAUCUCCCGAUGGGGCAAGCAUGUUGUAUAAGGUGCUACCAUCUUUGUGGUUGCAAAGAUAACGUUUUACCUCCUGUUUACUACAUUCGGUUUUCUUGUCACUUUCUAUAAAGACCGGUCAGUUGCAAUACUGUGAGCUAAAUGAAGGAAUCCUGUCAUAUUCUUUUCUUGUAUCAAUUAUUAUUCUGCAUUACAGUUAUUGGUCAUGGAUAGGAAUGG